UAAGGGCCACUUUUAAAAGACUGGGUUUGGAUGAGACUAACUUACUUCACACUGCCAACUGGAGGGAGCAGCAACAGAGUCCUUACAGAGGAUUUGACAAAAUAUGCUUCUGCUCGUGGUCACCGUAUCCAUUGCCAAUAUGUUUUUUGCUGUUGGAGUUGUUUGCAUGCCCCUAACAGACCAGGGCCCCCACAUCGCCCACAGCUGGGGCCAGAUGGUCCGGCUCAGGCACCUGUAUGCUGCCAGGCCGGGACUGCACCUACUGAUCAGUGGGGAUGGACAGAUCCACGGCUCUGCACACCAAACUCCAUACAGCCUUCUGGAGAUCCGUGCAGUGGAUCCAGGCUGUGUUGUCAUCAGAGGAGUAGCAACCGCACAGUUUCUCUGCAUAGAAGCCGAUGGAAGACUGUACUCAUCGCACACCUACAGCAGAGAUGACUGCACCUUCAGAGAGCAGAUUUUGCCAGACGGGUACAACAUCUACGUCUCUGACAGACACAGAGCCCUACUCAGUCUGGGAAACCACCGACAGAGGCUGCAGGGUCGAGACAGAGGCGUACCAGCUCUGGCCCAGUUCCUCCCCAGGAUCGGCACCCUGGAUUACACCUCGUCCCCUGGACUGGACAUCCCUGAUGAGCCGAGACAGAGCGCAGCACAAACAGAAGAACCUGUGGACACGAUGGACUCAUUUGGAAAGCUCUCUCAGAUCAUUCACAGUCCCAGCUUCCACAAGCGAUGAGACAGUAGCUCUGAGACACCAGGAAAUGGAUGUGUCCUGGGGGUGUUCUACUUUGUCUGAGGCUCGAAAACGCAAAUUUCUCCCUGCAUGUUGCAGGAACUGACUGCAUGUUCAGCCAGCCUGCACCCAGAAAGGUAGCUGCAACAUCCUGCCAGCACUGUCCAGUCAGACAUGACUGAACAGAAUAUAAGUGCAGUGUCCU